UCCCCGUGGCGCUGUUUCACUCGGAACGAACGUGACGUGUAAAAGAAAGGGCGGUCUUCACAAGCUCUCAUUCACGUAGCUUUUGUCAACGUUUGCGGUCCACAUUCUUCAGCAGCCGAACGGUGUCACAUUGUGUGCAGAUCCAUAGGAAGGCUCGUGACUUUGCACAGAAACAGCCGCCAUGGCAGAAGCUCACCAGGCAGUGGCCUUUCAGUUCACUGUCACCCCAGAUGGCAUCGACUUGCAGCUGUGCCACGAGGCUCUGCGCCAAAUCUACCUCUCUGGUCUUCACUCGUGGAAGAAAAGAUUCAUUCGCUUCAAGAAUGGAGUUAUGACUGGUGUGUACCCAGGCAGCCCUGCUGGCUUCAUGGUUGUGGUCGUGUCUUACAUGUCGUACAAUAAAUACAACCAGCUGGAUCCAUCUCUUGGCUUGUUUGCCAAACUGGGACAACACAUGCCCAUUAGUAAAUAUAUGUCCACAGACAGUCAGAAGAUUGUUGGUGGGGUAUUGGUGGGCACAGGUCUAUGGGUGACCAUAAUCAUGAUCAUGAGGAAUGUCCUCAAGUGCCUGUUGUCGUGGCACGGUUGGAUGUACGCACGCCACGGCUCAGUAUCCUGGUCGACGCGGGUGUGGAUGCUGUUAGUUAAGGUGUUCUCUGGAAGGAAACCAAUGCUCUAUAGUUUCCAGAACUCCUUGCCACGGCUGCCUGUUCCAUCUGUUAAGGAUACUUGCAGAAGGUACCUUGAAUCGGUCCGCCCACUAAUGGAUGAUGAACAGUUUAAACGAAUGAAGGGACUGGCUAAGGACUUUGAGUUGAAUCUGGGUCCUAGACUGCAGUGGUACCUAAAACUGAAGUCAUGGUGGGCCUCCAAUUAUGUCAGUGACUGGUGGGAAGAGUAUAUUUACCUUCGAGGUCGAGGGCCCAUCAUGGUGAACAGCAACUACUAUGCCAUGGACUUUCUUUAUGUGUUCCCCACCUCAAUUCAGGCUGCCAGAGCAGGUAAUGCUAUUCAUGCCAUCAUGCUCUACAGAAGGAAGCUGGACCGAGCCCAGAUCAAGCCCAUAUACUUGCUGGCAAACAAGGUUCCUCUGUGUUCGGCUCAGUGGGAGCGGAUGUUUAACACUACCCGCAUCCCCGGUUUGGAGACAGAUAUCCUUCAGCACACGAACGAGAGCAAACACAUAGCCGUGUACCACAAAGGCCGCUUCUUCAAGGUGUGGAUGUUUUACGAUGGACGGCUUCUGUUGCCACGGGAGAUCGAACAGCAGAUGGAGAGGAUCCUGGCAGACCGGUCUGAGCCCGCGCCAGGAGAGGAGAGGCUUGCUGCCCUUACUGCGGGGGACAGGACGCCAUGGGCAAAGGGCCGCGACACCUACUUCAGCCGUGGCAAGAACAAGCAGUCUCUGGAUGCCAUUGAGAAGGCAGCAUUCUUUGUGACCCUGGAUGAAACAGAGCAGCGGUUUGAUGAAAGCAGCCCAGUCAAGUCUCUGGAUAGUUACGCCAAGUCUCUGCUCCACGGAAAGUGCUACGACAGGUGGUUUGAUAAAUCCUUUAACCUGAUCAUUUUUAAGAAUGGGACCAUGGGUCUGAAUGCUGAGCACUCCUGGGCCGAUGCUCCAAUCAUUGGUCAUCUGUGGGAGCAUGUGCUUUCCAUGGACCCAUUUAAGCUUGGCUAUACUGAAGACGGUCACUGCUGUGGGGAGCCCCAUCCCAACCUGCCUGCCCCCCAGAGACUGCAGUGGGACAUCUCGGAUGAGUGCCAAGGGAUCAUCGACUAUUCUCUGACAAUUGCGAGAACUCUGGCUGACGAUGUGGACAGCCACAUUUUCCCCUUCAGUGAUUUUGGCAAGGGCCUCAUCAAGAAGUGCCGCACCAGCCCUGAUGCCUUUAUCCAGAUUGCCCUGCAGUUGGCUCAUUACAGGGACAAGGGCAAGUUCUGCCUGACCUACGAAGCCUCCAUGACACGUUUGUUCCGUGAGGGUCGAACCGAAACAGUCCGUUCCUGCACUACGGAAACGUGCACUUUCGUCCAUUCCAUGAUCGGAGAUGAGACUAGAGACCAACGUCUGAAGUUGCUCAAACUUGCAGCAGAGAAGCACCAGAACAUGUACCGCCUGGCUAUGACCGGCAUGGGCAUUGAUCGCCACCUCUUCUGUCUUUACGUGGUUUCCAGGUACCUGGGAGAAGACUCGCCCUUCCUCAAAGAGGUGCUAUCUGAGCCGUGGAGGCUAUCCACGAGCCAGACACCGCUGCAGCAGGUGGAGCUGUUUGACCUCGUCAGUCACCCUGAAUAUGUGUCGUCUGGAGGCGGCUUUGGACCGGUGGCUGAUGACGGUUACGGUGUGUCUUACAUCAUCGUUGGAGAAAACCUGAUCAACUUCCACAUCUCCAGCAAACACUCCAGCCCUGAAACUGACUCUCACCGUUUUGGUGGCAACAUCAGACAGGCCAUGUUGGACAUACUUGACCUCUUCCAGCUUGAGAACAAAGCUUCCAAGUGAGGGCCUUUCUCUGGUCCAUCUCACGAUGCGUAAUCUUCCUGAAGCUGUACAGAAUCAAAUAUUGGUUUGGGUUAUUUUGAGGUGAUGUUCCACGAACAAACUGGUGUAUUGGGAUGUUUUUACAAACCUUGCUCUCAUUUUAUUUGUGAGGUGUUUAUGUGGACUGUACGUACAUGGCAAAUUGUGGAUUCUCGUGGUGUUUGCUGCACCUAGUGCGCACAUUCACAAUUCAAUUUACAGGACUGUACGCACCAGUGCCUUAUGAUGAACUGCUUGUGUGAAAAGGGCAGGAAGGGAGGAGCGAUUAGAUCUGACAUCUCUUUUAUCUCCCGUCAUCAGAAGCACUGAGCAAUAUCCAAUAUCAAAGGUUUUCAUUUGCAAUGUGGUGUGAGAUAUAUUUGCUGCUUUGUUCCAUUGUUUGUUUUCUUUGAGGUCUGCUUCCAUUUCAUUAGUUGCAGUUGCACGCGACUUCCACUUGUCAAACUUGCCUUGUCGCGAUAUUGUGCUGUUUGUCAAGCAUUUUAAAUCGAAACUCAUGAUCAGCUUUGGGCCAAAGAGUGAGCUGGAUUGUAGAAGACUUCGAGCUGUUUCCAUCAAUGGGCCCCAUAAUGCCUUUCUGAAUCAUGCACAUAUGAUUAAACGUGUUGCGUGUUCAUAUAUGAUGUAGCGACAAAUGUUUGUCUUGUUUUCAUCCUCAGGGUUUGCUAACUUGGUGUAGAAAAGUGCUUUUAUUUCCAGCAUGUAUAUGUACAGCGGUAGUUGAGAUGCAGUUCGAUGCGGCCAUGAUGAGCCGCAUCGGGGAUGACGGUCCCUUGCGCAGUCACAACGUAUGUCCACAAUUGUUCAUUAACGAGUUGGUAGUUGUACACUCCAUGAAUACAAUGGUUUUCUCACAUCACAUCAAUUCUAUGUUUCACAAGUCCAUUUGGAAGUUGUGACACGAGAGCAUGUGUCGUUGCUACUCCAUCACGCAUGCAACAGAAAAUGGGGUCUGGACAUCUUUCCAGUCCAUCAUGAGCGGUUGUCUUGCCUCGAGUGCAUUUCUAUUGUGUACAUGCUGAUGGUACAUUUUAUUUAUUUUUACCAAAUUUUAGAAACGCACAGUGAACAGAUGUAGACGUGCUUAUUUACCAAGGCUUUUUCUUUUUCUGCUUCGAGUACUUCUCCGAUCUGUUGUUGACUGCCUUUGCCAGUAAAUAUCAUCAUGAUUUAUCGGAAAACAUUCAUGUUUAUACCGCUGCAUGGUUUUUGAAGAUGAUGCUGUAAAUGUUUGCUUGUAAUUUAAGGUAAGAAAUGAUAAGCAGCUGUUGCAUACCAAAAGUUUUAACAAUAAAGUGAAUUUCAGGAAAAAAAA